AUGACUGAUACACUGGAGAAUCUUUGUCGUGAUUUGCCGAAUUUUCUUGUUCAGAGGUCAGAUUUUCAGUACGAAAAGAAAAUUGGCGGUGGAAGCUUCGGUGACGUUUAUCUUGCAAAAUAUAUUCCCACAGGACAGAUGACAGCUGUAAAAGAACUGAAGCAUGAAACACUAGAAGAACCAUUUCUACAGUAUUUUCUUAGAGAGAUCAGAAUUCUUGCUAAAUGCGACAAUUAUUUUCUUCUUCACUUCACAGGUUAUACAGCGACACAUCCGUUCCUCAUCGUUACAGAGUACAUUCAGAACGGAUCACUAUUUGACUCAUUACAUGAUCAAACAAAGAGUUUAGACGGUACACAAAAAACAAUUAUCGCGUUAGGCAUUGCAUGUGGUAUGGCUCGCCUCCAUUCAUUCAACAUUAUGCAUAGAGAUCUCAAAUCCCUUAACAUUCUUCUCGACGAAAGCUACUUUCCUCGAAUUUGCGAUUUCGGCGCUUCCAGAAUCAAGAGCGCAGAAAGCGAAUUAGUUACUCAAAAUAUCGGUACAGUUCACUGGAUGGCUCCUGAAAUGUUCGAUAGUACAAAUUACACAUUAGCCGUUGAUGUUUACGCUUAUGCAAUUUUAUUAUGGGAACUACUUGCAGAAGAGAUACCUUAUAACGGUUACUCAGUACCACAAAUCAUGAGAACAGUCUGUAUGAACGACCAAAGGCUUACAAUUCCUCAGGGAACGCCUCCAAAUCUUGCAAAGCUCAUACAACUCUGCUGGAACAGGGAUCCUGAGAAACGUCCUCCAUUCGACAGGAUAUUUAAGAUAUUUAAAUCCCAUAAAGUCAGUUUUCCUGGCUGUGUUGAUUCAAAAGUUGACGAAGCGCUUGCAUCUAUUGAAGCGAAAGCCGCACAAUUACAAAGCCAUGGUAUUGUUAUAUCAGGAAUUCCAACAAAUAUCUCAGGAGUACCGAAUUCUCAAAAUCAACCUUCAUUUGACACGGAAUCUUUGUAUCGCAUAGUUACUUCUGGUGAUUCCAACCAAAUUGAGCAACAUAUCAAACAAUUAACUCCUGAAACUUGCUCUUUUUAUUUCGAUUGCGUAUUUAAAUGCAUUUCUCAACAAAAUCCAACAAAUAUCACUGUUCCUGCACUUAUUGGAAUAUUAAAGCUUAUUGUAAUGAACCAAGAUUGUCUUACUGAGUUCGUCAAGCGAAAUUUGCAAAAUUCUCUUCCAUUUGACAAAGACGAACACGUAAAACUCAGUUUGAGCAUCCUAUUACCAAUCUUCGAAAUAUCCCCGAAGGUUGUUACCACAGAACUUGUCCAGAAACUCGAACCUUUCAUUCCGAAAUUCGGAUUCAAAAUUUGUCGAUUAAUUUCCGUUUUCUGUUCGAACUUUACAGAGGUUGGAGACCCAUGGAAGGUAUCCGAUAUCCUUAUUCUCAAAGCCGGUGAAUUUAUUCAGGCAGGAGCCUCAAUUCCAUUAAUGGAGACACUUUUCGGACUCCUCUCUAGGUACGAUUUCUUCAGAGAGGCCAGACUACAAAACUGUAUCCCGAUUUAUUUAAACAGAAUGAUGUCAAAUAUUCCGGAUGAGAUAAUUACAUCGUACAACUGUUUAAACGGUCUACAAGUACCACAAUUAGAUGUAGAUCCAUUAAUAAUGGCAACGCACCUUGAUAAUGCAAAUAUUUCCAAAUUUGCCAUACAAUUUUUGGCCAAAAACCCAAUAAAACGUGUAAAUCCCAUGCUUAUUGAAGCAAUUUCACUUUCCCAGUUCCCGAUUCAAGCAAUCCAAGCUCUUUGUCGCUGUGCAAUGAUAUCUCCAAAAGAUGUCCUAGACAAAUCGAGUUUAUGGCUCGCCAACCCUAAGUUUGCCCCUGAUUUACAGCUAACUUGCUUAAUGACCAUAACUUUAAAGGAAGAUUUAAGAAAAAUUGUGGCAACAAACCCGAAUAUGGUCAGUUUCUUGAAUUCCUGCCUCAGUGGUAAUCCAAGCAAUGACGUUCUUUCAUCCCUUUCUACUCUAAUGAGAGUUAUUCCGUUUGAUUCUCAAACAGUCAUGAAAUUGGGCGAAACAGGCUUCUUAAAGAACUACAUUAAGCUUGUUACAGCUGCAAAUAACAUGGUUGUUUACUCAAACUGCUUCUUAAUGAUUGAUUAUUUGUGUCGAAUUUCUUUUCUUAUCGAUUCAUUGGAUUUCGCACCUACAGCUUUGCAGCUGAUGAAAGUUCCUGAGCUACAGAAGUACGCAAUUUACUAUUUGCUGCUUUUGUCAAGUUUCGAAGUUGCUGCUGCUUCUUUGAAGAAACUGAAUACAAUGUCAGUAGUAGAUUCUAUACAGUUGACACCAGACGUCAAAAAACUUGCAGAAGAUUUGAGACAUAAUUUAUUUUUUUAA